AUGAUCACCACACAGGCUUUACCAACACCAGGCCUGUAAAGUGACCACUGAGAACCGUUCCCGAAUUUGUGACCCAUGGACCCAAGCUUAGGGAGAGGAGCUCCUUUGGUCUACAAACAUGGUUUGAGUUCCAGCUUCUAAUUUCUUCCUUCUCAGACACUGGUCUCCACCAAAGGCUCACCAUUCGGGGAGAUGCUGCCAUUUUGUUGGUCAGCAGGAGAUCAGAAGCAAGAAAAUGUCAUGGUGGUAGAACACAGCAUCCCCCUCCACAGCAGACCAUCGCUGGAAGCUUCCAGAUCAGUUUGCCAGUCAAGUCAAGGAGGGACUUGCAUUUAGGGAACCCAAUGUGAACCUUAUAUGAGAAACCUGCCGAUCUGCUUCUUGGACCUUUUAGCCUCACUGUUUCUGAUACUUAGGUGCUAUCUCUUAGCCUGAAAUAGCGGCAAUAUGUCUCAGGGCCCGGAGGAAACUGUAGAGACUUUUGGAUAUAUUAAUCUCACUAUCGGCAUGCUGAGCAAGGAUGAUAAUAUCAGCAAGGAAGACAUCUAUAGUCAUCUCACUUCCGUCAUUCAGAAUACUGACAUCUUGGAUAAUGCCAUUGUCCAAAAGUUGAUUUAUUAUGCUUCUAAGGACAUGAGAGACAACAACGUGCCCAGAGAAAUCAGAAUGCUAGCUGGCGAGGUUUUGGUGUCUCUUGCUGCCCAUGAUUUCAACUCUGUAAUGUAUGAAAUACAAAGUAACUUCAGGAUCCUGGAGCUGCCAAAUGAAUUCGUUGUGCUUGCUCUGGCCGAACUGGCAACCAGCUAUGCAUCCCAGAGCAUUCCCUUCAUGAUGAUGACCCUGCUCACCAUGCAAACCAUGCUCAGGCUGGCCGAGGAGGAAAGCAUGAAGGGAGCGUUCUGCACCGCCCUUGAGAAGUUCAGCAAAGCCAUUUACAAAUACGUCAACCACUGGAGAGAUUUCCCCUAUCCCAGACUGGACGCCAACCGACUAUCUGACAAGAUCUUCAUGCUGUUCCGGUUUAUCAUGGAGAAGUGGGCGCCCAUGACCUCGCCCAUGCAAACUUUGUCCAUCGUUAAGGCCCAUGGCCCCUCAGUGAGCCUGCUGCUCCAUCGGGAAGACCUCUGUGAAUAUGCCCUGGGCCAGGUACCCUGGCUCCUGAACCAGUACAAUGACAAAGAUAUUGAUUUCCAUGUCACCCAGAGCCUGAAGCAAAUACUGACUGCCGCCGCCCUUUAUGAGGUUGCCCUUCCGAAGGACUUGAAGAGAAGCAUCUUCAUCAAUCUACUCCACCAGGUGUGCAGAGUUCCAGAGCCUCCAGAGAAGGAAAAUGAAAUGGAAGCUUCAAGCUGUUUCCUCAUUCUAGCCCAUUCCAAUCCUGCAGACCUGAUGGAAUUUUUUGAUGAACAAAUAAGAAGUAAUAAUGAAGUCACUAGAAGGGGGAUCUUGACUUUGUUACGAUCGGUUGUCAACGCUGAAGAGCCCAACUUGAGGGGUCAGAUCACUUCAAUCGAAAGAACAGUCAAAGUUGUCAUGGGUGACCUCAGUAUAAAAGUAAGAAAUUCCACCCUCCUCCUCAUCCAAAGCAUGUGCGAGAAAAGCUACAUUGAAGCCCAGGAAGGCUGGCCACUCAUCGACUACGUCUUCUCCCAGUUUGUGACGUGCAACAGGAAUCUGGAGAAACCAGCGAAACCUAACUCCCAUGAGGACGAAGCGGGAGAGAAAUCUGUCCGAGCAACAAGCCUCGAGGUCUUAAAAAGGCUGGACCCGCUGGUCAUUGGGAUGCCUCAGGUGCUAUGGCCACGAAUCCUGACUUUUGUGAUACCUGCCGAAUACACGGGGACUCUGGACUGCCUGUUCAACAUCAUCCGGAGCCUGAUUAUGGCAGAGGAGAGAAAGAAGAAGAAUGCCUCGGAGUCAACAGCCCUUGUCAUUUCUACAGGAGUUGUGAAACUUCCUUCACCACAACAGCUCCUGGCCAGACUUCUGGUAAUAUCUAUGCUCGCCAGUGUAGGGAAAUUAAGUGGGGUUGGUGCAAUAGGACUUCUGAAGCUAAUGCCUGAGAUAAUUCACCCCAAAUUGGUAAACCUGUGGAAAGCACGCCUACCUGAGCUCCUGCAGCCUCUGGAAGGAAAGAAUGCCAGCAUCGCGCUAUGGGAAGCCAUGCUGCUUCAGUUGCUCAAAGAGUCUUUAUGGGAGAUCAGUGACAUAGCCUGGACCAUUCAGUUGAGUCGGGAUUUCAACCAGCAAAUGGGCAGUUACAGCAACACCUCCAUUGAGAAGAAAUUCCUUUGGAAAGCCUUGGGAACCACCUUAGCAUCCUGCCAAGAUACAAACUUCGUAAGCUCACAGAUUAAGGAAUUUCUGACUGCUCCCAACCAACUUGGGGAUCAGCGACAGGGAAUAACAUCUAUUUUAGGAUACUGUGCCGAGAACCACUUGGAUAUUGUCUUAAAAGUUCUGAAAACAUUCCAAGAUCGGGAAAAGCGUUUCAUGAAUCGAUGUAAGGGUCUUUUUUGUGGGAAAAAGAGCCUGAGCAAGACUGAUGUCAUGGUGGUCUAUGGGGCCGUGGCCCUCCAUGCUCCCAAGGGUCAGCUCCUCACCAGGCUUGAUCAAGACAUCGUGUCCCAAGUCCUGUUUCUCUAUGGCCAGUGCUGUCAGGUUCUGGGCAUGUCUGUGAUGAACAAGGACAUGGAUCUGCAAAUGAGUUUCACAAGAAGUAUCACUGAGAUUGGCAUUGCUGUCCAAGAUGCUGAGGUCCAGGGGUUCAAGUUUUCCUACAAGGAGUUGCUGCUCGGUUACAUGCUGGAUUUCAUCAGGGACGAGCCCCUGGAUUCCUUAGCUACCCCUGUUCGGUGGAAAGCCUUAAUCGCCAUCAGAUACCUCAGUAAACUGAAACCUCAGCUCUCACUGAAUGACAAUCUGAACAUUCUGGAAGAGAACAUUCGGAGGCUGCUGCCCCUUCCGCCUCUGGAGAGUCUCAGAAAUGAGGGCGAGACAGACAAGGACAAGGAGCACAUCAGUUUUCUCUACGAACGGUCCAUGGAUGCUCUGGGAAAGCUGCUGCGGACCAUGAUGUGGGACAAUGUGAGAGCCGAAGACUGCCAGGAAAUGUUUAAUCUUCUCCGAAUGUGGCUUGUUUCACAAAAAGAAUGGGAAAGAGAAAGAGCCUUCCAGAUCACCGCCAAAGUGCUGACCAACGACGUGGAGGCACCGGAGAACUUUAAAAUCAGCUCGCUGCUCGGCCUUCUGGCCCCGCACUCCUGUGACACCCUGCCCUCCAUCCGCCAGGCCGCAGCCAGCUCAGCCAUUGCUCUGUUCUGUAUACAAGGUGCUCACCUGGAAGUGGAAAGACUGCAGGGAUUGCAGGAAAGCCUGCAGUCUGAUGAUGUGCAGCUCCAGCUCAAGAUUUCUUCUAAAAUAGCAAAGGUUGUGAGUAAGCUCAUCCCGAGUGGAGAGAUUCUCACGUUCCUGGAGGAGACCCUGGACGGUCUGGAGAGCCUCAGCGCCCCCUGCUCGACAGCCUGCGGCCUGUGGAUGGUCGCCGCCCUGAAGGAGCAGGGAGCUGCCUUGGAAGAUCAGCUGUUGGAGAUCUUGGGCAUAAUUUACUAUCACAUGCCACUCCUCAGGCAGAAGGAGGACAGUUUCCAGUUCAUUCUGGAAGCCAUCUCCCAGAUAGCCGGCUUUCACACGGAGGCAGUUGUCGCCAACCUUUUACAGAAGCCUCUGCCCUUUGACAGGGACACGAAGACGCUGUGGAAGGCCCUGGCUGAGCACCCCGCCUCCAGCAGCAAGCUCCUGCGAGCCUUGACGGUCAAACUGGACAGCGGGUUAGAGGACGACCUGGCGGGCAUGGACGCCAUCUCAGUGGCCUGUGCUAUCCAGGAAGUGGUAUCCGUAGGCACCCCUGUGACCAGCUUGUACCCACAGCUGUUCACUCUCCUCCUGAAGCUGGUCAGCUGCACCCUGGGUCAGAAGAUGCCCACUUCUCCCAUGAGCUCCCACAGGCGGCGGGUGAUGCAGCAAGGGGAGCGGCAGCAGGUCGCGGACCCCUGCCGGCUCUCAACCACAACUCUGAAGUGCGUGCAAGUCCAAGCCAUGAGAGAAGGCCUGGCCAAGGAGUCUGACGAAGGGGACAACUUAUGGACGCUGCUCCACGGUCCCAGCACCCACCACUUGGGAGUGUGUGCACUGGCCAGGAGCAUGGCCGUGUGGCACCAGGGAGUCACAGUGGACAUCAUGGAGCAGCUCCUCCCAUCGCUCACCUCCUCCUCGGAGAACUACCGCAUAACCGGCACAGCGUUCUUCUCUGAGCUCAUGAAGGAGCCGAUCCUUUGGAGGCACUGGAAUCUCCGUGACGUGCUGAUCUUGAUGGAUCAGAGUGCCUGGGACUCCAAUGCCACUUUGAGGCAAAUGGCCAUCCGAGGACUCGGUAAUACAGCUGCUGGAGCCCCUCAAAAGGUGCGGAAGCAUAAGCAGCUAAUGUUAGAAUCUGUCAUCAGAGGUCUGUACCACCUGGCCCGCACCGAAGUUGUCUGUGAGAGCUUGAAGGCUCUAAGGAAGAUCCUGGAGCUGCUCACAGACCGAGACGUGAGCUUCUACUUCAAAGAAAUAGUGCUGCAAACAAGAACCUUCUUUGAAGACGAGCAGGACGAUGUGAGACUGACUGCCAUUGUCUUAUUUGAGAAUCUGGCAUCCCUAACAGGAAGAAGGUGGAAGAUUUUUUUUGCGGAAGAAAUUAAAAAGAGCAUGAUUUCAUUCCUUCUCCACCUCUGGGACCCCAAUCCCAAGGUUGGAGCUGCUUGCCGUGAUGUCCUGGUGGUCUCCAUUCCUUUUCUGGGCCUCCAGGAACUCUAUGGGGUAUUAGACCGUCUCCUUGACAGUCAGGAUCCACCAAGAGCCAGGGAUUUCUAUAGGCAAUUCUGUGUGAAACUGGCCAAGAAAAAUCAGGAAAUCCUGUGGAUCCUCCACACACACUCAUUCACCUUCUUCAACAGCAACUGGGAGAUGAUCAGGAGUACAGCCAUCAAACUCACAGAUGCCAUUGUUCUCAAUCUGACCAACCAAUAUGUGGAGUUAUUAGACAAAGAACAACUGAUCACACGGCUCCAAGCACUUCGGCAAGACCCCUGUAUCAGUGUCCAGAGAGCAGCCGAGGCUACCUUGCAGACCCUCCUGAGAAGGUGUAAAGAGAUGAACAUCCUUCCAUAAACCAUCAGGAAAUAAACUGCUGUUCCCAUAACUGA